UGGCAACCCUGCCCUUUUGGCAGCAACAAAACAGCAGUCAGAACAGUGACAGAGGCGAAAGGCAAAUACGGUUUUGUUUGUUUUUUUUUCACACUUUUUCGUUGUGAUCCUAAAUUACCAAUGAAGAAAUUGUAAAUUAGGCCACGUUAUUUUAGAUUCUUUCGGACCAAAAUUUUAAAGUAAAUCACACAAAAAGAAUUGCAAAAAUGGUCAUUUAGGGACAAUCCGCUGGACGAAAACAAAAAAAAAACAACGAAUAAAAGAGAAGGAAAUUAUUGUCGGUGGACGUUGAAGGGAUAAAAAGCUAACGGGAUUUAUGCCCCCUAUUAACAGUUGCUGUGUGGAGUAGCGGAAGAUCAGGAGAAGGCCAGGAGAAACCAUGUCGAGCGAGGAGAUGUUGUACGCGCAGGGCGCAAAAAUAUGGGUGCCGCAUGCGGAGCAAGUGUGGGAGAGUGCCACCCUGGAGGAGAGCUACCGCAAGGGUGCCGGAUUUCUCAAGAUUGUCACCGAAUCGGGGAGUCUCCGGGAGGUUAAGCUAAAGGCUGAUGGCAGCGACCUCCCGCCCCUACGCAAUCCGGCCAUCCUGGUGGGACAGAACGACCUGACCACCCUGUCCUACUUGCAUGAGCCGGGGGUGUUGCACAAUCUACGUGUCCGCUUCUGCGAGCGUCAGAUUAUCUACACCUACUGCGGCAUUAUCCUGGUGGCCAUUAACCCGUACGCGGAAAUGCCGCUGUACGGGCCGAGCAUCAUACGGGCAUAUCGUGGCCAUGCCAUGGGCGAUCUGGAGCCGCACAUUUUCGCCCUGGCCGAGGAGGCCUACACCAAGCUGGAGCGUGAGAACUGCAAUCUAAGCAUCAUUGUCAGUGGCGAGUCGGGGGCCGGAAAGACGGUGUCCGCCAAGUACGCGAUGCGUUACUUUGCCGCUGUCGGCGGAUCCGAGUCGGAGACGCAAGUAGAGCGCAAGGUGCUGGCAUCUUCACCAAUCAUGGAGGCGUUUGGAAACGCCAAAACAACCCGCAACGACAACAGCUCCCGUUUCGGCAAGUUUACCAAGCUGCUGUUCCGCAACCAGAUGGGUGUCAUGUAUCUGCAGGGUGCCACCAUGCACACCUAUCUGCUGGAGAAGUCGCGAGUGGUGUAUCAGGCGCAGGGCGAACGCAACUACCACAUAUUCUACCAACUUUGUGCAGCGAGGGCUAAAUAUCCGGAACUGGUGCUGGAUCACCAGGACAAGUUCCAAUUUCUGAACAUGGGUGGAGCCCCAGAUAUUGAACGCGUUUCGGACGCGGAUCAAUUCAAUGAAACAGUGCAAGCAAUGACUGUCCUGGGAUUCUCCAUAAAUCAAAUAGCCGACAUCGUUAAGAUUCUGGCGGGUAUUCUCCAUUUGGGGAACAUCAAUGUGUCCAAAAAAUACAAUGAGGGUACCGAUGAGGAGGACACAGAUUCCUGUGAAAUUUUCCCUAAUGACAUCCACCUGCAGAUCACCGGCGAUCUGCUACGGGUGAAAGCCGACGAUCUGCGUCGGUGGCUUUUGAUGCGUAAGAUAGAGUCGGUCAAUGAUUAUGUGCUGAUACCAAACAGCAUUGAGGCGGCGGAGGCGGCACGUGACGCCCUGGCCAAGCAUAUUUACGCGAAACUGUUCCAGUACAUCGUUGGUGUGCUGAACAAGAGCCUCAAUAACGGUAGCAAGCAGUGCAGCUUCAUUGGCGUCCUCGAUAUCUACGGCUUCGAAACGUUUGAGGUGAACUCGUUCGAGCAGUUUUGCAUAAACUAUGCGAACGAGAAGCUGCAGCAGCAGUUCAACCAGCAUGUCUUCAAGUUGGAGCAGGAGGAGUACCUUAAAGAGGGUAUCACCUGGACGAUGAUUGACUUUUACGACAACCAACCGUGCAUCGAUUUGAUUGAGUCCAAAUUGGGUGUGCUGGAUCUGCUCGACGAGGAGUGUAGAAUGCCCAGAGGUUCGGACGAGAGCUGGGCGGGAAAACUCAUCGGAAAGUGCAGCAAAUUUCCACACUUCGAGAAGCCACGCUUCGGCACCACAAGCUUUUUCAUAAAACAUUUCUCAGACACGGUUGAGUACGACGUGAACGGAUUCUUGGAAAAGAAUCGUGACACUGUCUCCAAGGAGCUCACACAGGUGCUCUGUGAGUCCAACAUGCAGCUGGUUAAACAGGUGAUGGUUCUGGAGGAGAUUGACACCUUGAGUGUGGAUUCUGCCAAAGCCUCUACGUUGGGCGGUCGUGUCGUAAUCAGUGCUGGUCGGAAACAGCAAUUGAAUGAGACACGUCGAAGAGUGGUGCCAUCGAAACAGCAUAAGAAGACGGUUGGCUCGCAGUUCCAGGAGAGCUUGGCCUCGCUAAUCUCAACGCUGCAUGCCACAACGCCGCAUUAUGUGCGUUGCAUUAAGCCAAACGACGAGAAGAUCGCAUUCAAAUGGGAGACUGCCAAGAUCAUUCAGCAACUGCGGGCUUGUGGUGUUUUAGAAACAGUGCGCAUUUCUGCGGCAGGAUUCCCCUCGCGGUGGCUGUAUCCGGACUUCUAUAUGCGCUACCAGCUUCUGGCACAUCGCUCCAAGAUAGACAAAAACGAUAUGAAGCAGUCUUGUCGCAACAUCGUAACGAAAUGGAUUCAGGAUGAGGACAAGUAUCGUUUUGGCAAUACGCAGAUAUUCUUCCGCGCUGGCCAGGUGGCCUUCAUGGAACAAGUGCGGGCCAAUCUGCGCAAGAAGUACAUAACGGUGGUGCAGUCCGUGGUGAGGCGAUUCAUUCAUCGCCGGCGCUUCCUGCGCCUGCAGAUGGUGAUCAGUGGAAUCCAGCGACAUGCACGUGGUUUCUUGGCCCGCCAGCGCGUCCAGAAAAUGCGUGAGGACCGAGCCGCACUGAUUCUCUCGAAGUAUGCCAAAGGAUGGCUGUGCCGGCGUCGAUACUUACGCCUGCGUCACUCUAUUUCCGGCAUACAGACCUAUGCCCGCGGCAUGAUGGCUCGCACCAAGUUCCAUGCCAUGCGUGAUCACUACCGGGCGGUCCAGAUUCAACGAUUCGUUCGCGGAGUUCUCGCUCGGAGAGCCUAUCAAAAGCGGAGGCGAGACAUCAUCAUUUGCCAGGCUGCUGUCCGACGGUUCCUUGCCCGCCGCAAGUUCAGGAAGAUGAAGACCGAGGCGAAGACCAUCUCGCACAUGGAGAAGAAGUACAUGGGCCUGGAGAACAAGAUCAUCUCUAUGCAGCAGCGUAUCGACGAACUGAACCGCGACAACAGCAAUCUGAAGCAUAAGACCAGCGAGAUCAGCGUUCUUAAAAUGAAACUGGAGUUGAAGAAGAACUUGGAAGGCGAGUUUAAGAACGUGAAGGCAGCCUGCCAAGACAAGGACAAGCUGAUAGAGGCUCUCAACAAGCAGCUGGAAGCGGAGCGCGACGAGAAGAUGCAGCUGCUUGAGGAAAAUGGCCAUGCCCAGGAGGAGUGGGUCAGCCAAAAGCAGCAGUGGCUCGGGGAGAACGAGGAACUGCGACGCCAAGUCGAUCAGAUGAUCGAGCUGGCCAAAAACGCUGAGAUUAGCCAGCGCACUCAGGAGGACCGCAUGCUGGCCGAGAUUGACAACAAGGAGCUCAACGAGGCCUACCAGCGCGCCAUCAAGGACAAGGAGGUUAUCGAAAACGAGAACUUCAUGCUGAAGGAGGAGCUGAGCAGACUGACGGCCGGUAGCUUCAGUUUACAUGCGCGGACUGCGAGCAAUGCCUCCAGCCAGAACGAGGAGGAUGUCGGCUACGCUUCGGCCAAGAACACGCUGGAUAUCAAUCGCCCACCGGAUCUGAUCAACAAGAACUAUGCCUACUCUGAUUGCACCAGUUUAGUUGUCAAGUUGCGAGCCAUUCUCGAGGAGGAGAAGCAGAAGCACAAGUAUUUGCAGGAGCAGUACCUUAAGCUGGCCAGCCGCAACAAGCCCACCGAGGAUUCAUUCCGCGUCUCCGAGCUGGAGGUAGAAAACGAGAAGCUGCGCAGCGAAUACGAUCAGCUGCGAACGAGCAUUAAACACGGUGUUGAGAUCAACGAACUCAAUGCUCAGCAUGCCGCUCUGCAGGAAGAGGUUCGUAGGAGGCGCGAGGAGUGCAUCCAGCUGAAGGCAGUGCUGCUGCAGCAGAGCCAGAGUAUGCGAUCUCUCGAGCCCGAGAGCCUGCAACUGCGUGGAAAUGAUGUCAACGAGCUGAUGGAGGCCUUCCAUUCGCAGAAACUAAUAAAUCGUCAACUGGAGUCCGAACUGAAGGCCAUAACGGAGGAGCACAACAGCAAGCUGGUGGAGAUGACGCAGGACAUCGAGCGGCUCAACAACGAAAAAGAAGAGCUCCAGAAGGUGAUUUUCGAAAGCAUCGACGAGCCAGAGGAGUCGGCCAACAUAGAAGCUCUCAAACAGAACGAUCGCUAUCUGCGACGGGAACUGCAGAAGGCCGUCUCGCAAUACCUGCUGGUGCAGGAGGAGCUCAAGCUGGCCCAUGCCAAGCUAAAGGCCUAUCGCCAGGAUGGCGGUCAACUGGAACACAAGCUGGAGGAGGAAAUGAUUCGCAACAAGGCCAACGGCCCGUCGAGCGACGUUGGCGCGACUGUGACUAAACAGAAGUCUCAAAACCCACAAGGCCUCAUGAAGUUCCACAGCAGCGAUUUGGACAAGAUCCUGCAGCGUCUCCUAAAUGCACUGACACCACGCACUGUAGUUGGACUUUUGCCCGGUUUCCCUGCGUAUCUCAUUUUUAUGUGCAUCCGUUAUACCGAUCUCACCAAUGCCGACGAUGAUGUUCGCGAACUAUUGAGCAAGUUUGUCAUCCAGGUCAAGAAAAUGCAUCGAACUCCUCAUCCGAUUGAAAAUCGCGUCAUUUGGCUCGUUAACUCAAUAACUUUGCUGAAUCUCCUAAAGCAGUACGGCGAUGUCGAGGAGUAUGUCCAGUUCAACAGUGAGAAACAGAAGCAGCAGCAGUUGAAAAACUUCAAUCUAUUCGAGUAUCGGCGCGUUAUCCUCGAUCUGAUUGUGAAUCUGUACCAGGCUCUGAUCAUGCAGAUCCAGGGCCUGCUGGAUCCUAAGAUUGUGCCGGCAAUCCUGAACAACGAUGAAAUACAACGCGGCCGCUCGGCCCACGGUAUGCGCAGUAGGGCCACCUCGAUUGGAGCCAGCUCGUCGCCGGAGCACGGUGGUGGACCAGCGUGGAAGCAACUCAUUGGGCAGUUCGAGCACUUUUACAAGCAGUUCCAGCACUUUGGCUUGAACAGCGUCUAUGCGGAACAGAUAUUCCAGCAGCUGCUGUACUUUGUGUGCGCCGUGGCGCUAAACUAUUUGAUGCUUCGGGGGGACAUUUGCAUGUGGGAGACUGGCAUGAUAAUCCGGUACAAUCUUGGCUGUAUCGAGGAUUGGGUGCGCAGCAAGAAAAUGUCAAACGACGUGCUGAUGCCGUUGGCGCCGCUUAAUCAAGUAUCCCAACUGCUCCAGUCUCGCAAGAGCGAGCAGGAUGUUCAAACCAUUUGCGAUCUGUGCACUUCGCUGAGCACCGCCCAGGUCCUGAAGGUGAUGAAGUCCUACAAGCUGGAUGACUACGAGAGUGAGAUUACGAACGUGUUCCUGGACAAAUUAACCAAGGAACUCAACGCCCGACAAAUGCCGACGAGCAACAGCGACGAAUUUACCAUCGACCAGAAGUUCAUUCAGCCCUUCAAAGUGGUUUUCAGUUAUAGCGAUAUAAAGCUGGAGGAUAUUGACCUACCAUCGCACCUAAAUCUCGACGAGUUUCUUGAAAAGAUAUAAACAGUGUCCAUUGUCGGUGGAAGUACCUUGUCAUUGGGGAUGACAUGAGAACGUUUUCUUUUUGUGUAUUAUACGAGUCUAACGAUUGUAGAAAUUAAUGUUCAGAUUUUUAGAAAAUCUAUUAGCGAAUGAAACGAUGCUUAGUGGUUGCCUAAAAUGUAUGUAGUUCCUGUUUAGUUUAAUUGUCCCACCUUUAACAUUCCCCUCGUGUCCAAUGGCAACUCUUGCCAGUUGCCGAGUUUAGCUUUCUGUUGUGCGAAAUAUUUUGUAGUUAAAUGUUUUUGAAGAGGUUCUGAACCAACCUUGUAAUGUGAGAUGCAAUAAGUGCCGGGAGUGAAACUCCGACAAUGAAAACGAUCAUUCCUUGCCUGAACCUUGUACCUUAGAGCAUAUAAUAAUAUAUUAUAUACAAUGAAUGUAUUUAACAAAGGCCGAUUUGUUGCCUUAAAGCUUGUAACUGCAUCUUGCAGGUCAUAGAUUAAGAAACACAUAGAACACCGAAGCAUUGCAUUCCAUCUACAUAUUUAUGUAUUCUCAUAUUUUGUCUAGUUUGUUACCUAUUUGUUUCGCUCAGUCGUAAAAGUAAUCAAGAAAAAGAGUAACCCAAUAUACGUUGGCAUUUGUUAAAAGCAAUUAAGUACUUUCCGAUGCAAAAUACCUAUAAAAUACACACAUAUAUUAACGAAACAAGAAUGUAUAAUGAACAGCAAUUUAUGAGUUUUGUACAAAUAUAAUUGCCAGACGUUAACAAUC